UCGCGCACACCCCCUAGCGAAAUCAGUUCCCCGCCUGACUUGGCCAUCAUCCACUCCCCGCGGCCGCUUGCGGCUGUGUCGUGUGGUGUCGUGUUUGCAGUCGCGUUUCGCUUGAUUGCGUGGUCUUCCCGCUGCCCUUGGCGGUCGUCUGGCGCUGGGUUUUGCUUACCGAUUGCGUGUUGGUUCUGUUGUUCAUGCCGUGCGUAUUCAUCAUCAGCCUUUUGGCUCCGCGGAGCAAGCCAAUCCGUUAAUCAAUCAAGUAAUCAGUCGCCAGUCAAAGAACACAAGAGAGAGGCAGUAACGACACCGAUCAUCAGUUUUCGCGGGGCUGUUUGGCUUUCGGGUACUUGACCGCCGACAGAUUCGACGCGUCUCUCGAUCUUUCCUGCUGUCAGAAGAAGACGAAGGGCAAAGUCGAGAGGGUAGACAAUACCAGUACCAGCCCCUUCCAAUCAGUCAGUUUUCUUUCGUUGGAGAUCUUCGUGUCUGUGAACGGCUUCGCUGAUCGGGUCAUGUGGGGGAGAUUUCGGCGAAAGAAGGGCCUCUCCACUUCCGUUCGGGGUUCUCAAGUCUGUCAAAACGGCCCGCAACGAGAGAAGUCGCGACAUGGAUCUGGCGGACUCCGAGUAUCGCUGUUUUGUCGGCGGGCUGUCGUGGAACACGAGCGAUCGAGCUCUCGGGGAAGCUUUCCGCUGUUUCGGGAACGUUAUUGAUGCCAAGGUGAUAACCGAUCGGGACACAGGGAGGUCUCGCGGAUUCGGGUUCGUGACCUUUGGAGAUGAGAAAUCGAUGGACGCAGCAAUCGACAGGAUGCAUAACAAGGAGCUGGAUGGAAGGACGAUAACGGUGAACAAGGCACAGCCAAAGAUGGGGGAAAGAGGAGGAAAUGGGUAUGGGGGGGGAUAUGGAGGAUCGAGUGGGGGGGGGUAUGGGGGAGGCCCGGGGAGGGGGGGCGGAAGCGGAGGGGACUGCUUCAAGUGCGGGCAACCGGGGCAUUGGGCGCGAGAAUGCCCGUCUAGCAGUGGGGGUGGGUACGGAAGGAGCGACCGGUACAGCAGUGACCGUUAUCGUGGAGGGGGAAACGGUCGCGGCGGGAGCGGCGGCGGUAGCAGCAGCCGUUACGAUAAUGACAGUGACCGCUAUCGGAGCAGCGACCGGUACGGCAGCGACCGCAAUGGGAGUCGGUCCUCAGGCGGUGGCAGUUAUCGCGACCGAGACAGUGGUGGUCGUGGGAGCCGGUACAGCAGUAGUGGUAGUGACAGAUACAGUGGCGGAGGCUCUGGCGGACCUUCGCGCUACGAGGGCAGCAGCUACAGAGACAGGUAUGGUCCCUACGAUAGACCGUCUGGGAAUGGACGAUCUUCCUACGAUGACCGAUAUUAGGGGGAAGAAUAUGAGAGGGAGGGAUGAUUCAACGAAAGCAGUUUUCGAGAUGGAAAUAGGCUUUGCUGCUCGCGUGCGUGCGUCGAGCCGCGCUGAGGGGAAUGGGGAUGAAGUGUGAAAAGCGGGGCGUAGGGGGGAAUAUUUUGGAGGGGGUUUUGGGAAGGAACGAGUUUCGAUGUAGAAAUAGGUGGCUCGUCCCCGCAUGUGCAGACGAAAGCGAAGUGGGAGAGGGCAAAAACCACGUGGGAGGGAGAAGAGGGCGGUAGGGAGGCUGGCUGACUGCCUGUAGGAAUCUUACCCUGUCAGUGUAGCGGAGGGAAAGGAAAGAAAUGACGCGAAGGAGGGGAGGGGAGGGAGAAAAGGAGCAAAUCGCGGGAAGGAAGGCGAAGGAUAGGAAAGAAGUCACGGAAAGUAGGGGGGAGGGAAGGGGAAAGAAAUAUCGGAAAGUAGGAGAGGCGAGUUCCUUGUGGGGAUGGGGAGGUGGUGGUAUCAGCCACAGACGGCGGUUUCUCUUCUGGUCUUGUUUUUCUGAGGACAUGUGUAAUGAACGAUGGCCGUUACGUCAACUAAAAAAGCAUGACGACGAUGGUGUUGGGCGCUGCCGGGGUAACGAAACAGUGUUUAGCAGGAGGUCCAAUUCGUCAGGUUUCGGUUUUCCCCCCGGUUGUGUUCUCCGUGUAUUCUAUCUAGUUCUGCUCCGUUGCCUUGAAGAUUGCUUUCUUCGAGUUGGUGGUAGCGGGAACCGAGUAAUCGAUUAAAUCGCAUUCAAUCAGUUAGGAAGUCGUUUGUGUUUGGAGGAUAAGGAAGGCAGGCGCAAGCGUUGGCACGAGAGGUCAGCGAUCGGGGACGGUCGUUCUGUGCUGUGAUUACUUUCACCCCUCCGCUAUUGGCGGUUACGUGCAGAGGUGUAAUCUUUUCAGUUGGCUGCUGAGGUACAGGAAAUGAAAUGACGGUGGGGGUUAUUUGGCCGGUGCGCUCCGUUCCGUUCAGUUACGGGAUGAUGAACGGUUACAAUAAUCAAUGGAGCUGGUGGCUAGUGGGAGGAGGACGUUACGUGGCUUUUUACUCGUUCUUCUGUGAAGCCACGUGGCGUGUCAUCAUUUGCUUGUGCCAUUUUGAUCAACAGCUGGCAGUCGUCGGUUGCUGAAGAUGGGGUCGUCGAUGGCCGCUCAUGCUAUCAGUAGUCGCUGGUUCCCCUUGGAGUGCACUUAUCAGUGUCUGGGUUUUUUUCCCUGCUUGUCAUUUGUUAACCGAAUACCCUCUCAUUCUCUCUUACUCUCUCUCUCUUCUCUCUCUCUCUCUCUGUUUAUCUAUUUUUUCCCUCUCUCCCUUUCAAGCUUGCUGCUCGUUUGCUGGGUACGAGAAGGAUCUCUCUCUCUCUCUCUCUCAUCGUUGUGUCCCCGCCAUUUCCACGACCCCCCCUCAUCGCCCCAUUUCCCUCUCCCCUCUGGCUAUCGUCGUUUUUCCAUGCAUCCAUCAUCAUUUAAUCGACCAACAUACGGAGUCGAUCAAUCAAUCAAUCAAUCAAUCAAUCAGUCAACG